AUGGAUUUUUUCAUCGGUAGAAACAAGUCUCAAAGCUUCCAUUGGUAUAUUAGAGAGGAUAUGAAGAGGAAUAUUGGCGAUUAUAAGUUCCAACAAGCCCCUAAUGAGCCGAAUCCAGGGAGUGAGUUGAAGAUGGACGAUAGUGAUAAUUUCAUUACGAAUUAUAACUUCGCCGGUGCUCCUGUGGGUAAUUUUUUUCCUACACAUCCACUUCCAAAUAUGUCUCAGGUACCACCAAGCAAUUAUAUCCAACAAGAAGCAUACUUAUCUUCGCAAACCCCCAACGAUAUUAGGCUGCAGUCCCCAAUGUUGAACUAUAUGACGAUAAUUCGACCCAAUUCUACAGCAAAUGAGCAAAAUCAAUUACCUCCACAACGGGACUACCCAUUUUCAGAUACGAUUCCCCUGUAUCCUCAAGAGGAAGCCCAAAAAAUAAUCACAGAACCUUCAACAGCAGACCACCAAAGAUAUCCAGACAUGACAACAUUAAUCAACUCAAACGCUAGCAUCAAAGUGCCCUUAGUCGAAAGUGCGUUCGUCGAUCAUAAAACAUGCAGUGUUUGUGGAAAGAAGAUAAGCCGUGAUAUGUUACGUCAUAUGAGAACUCGUCAAACAGUUGCGAGGUUCAUAUGCAACUUUCCAAAGAAUCAAUGCAAUCACAAGUCCAGACGAUUCAACAGACCCUAUGAUCAUAAGAAACACUUGUUGAAUCGUCAUUUUAUAUUUGAUGUUCCAGGGGUAAAAAGAUUACACAACCUAAACGAUAAACUAGGACAUUCAGGUAAAUGUCCAUGUGGUCAACGGUAUGUGGCAAAAGAAUGGUUAGAGAAGCAUAUAUUAACUAGGGACACAGACCAUAAAUGUCCCCUUAUUGAAUAG